GAUCCAGCACGUUUCUGCGUCGUCGUUCACCCCCAACCAUGCCUCCGUCGCAGCUCAAGCAGCUUAAAGCCUCCCUCCGGGAUGGCGGACUGCUGGGCCCUCAGCAGUCCAAGAAGCAGAAGCGCCAGAAUGCCAAGACUGGCGUUUCCUCCCAGAAUCGCAUGAAGCGGGAUUCCGCGCUGCAGGCCAUUCGCGACCGCUUCAAUCCCUUUGAAAUCAAGGCCACUUCCCGGGCCAAGUUCGACGUGACCACCCGGGAUGUAGGCUCCAAAUCCACCCAGGGGCAUGCUAGGCCCGGUGUGACCAAGUCUCUCGGUGAAGAAAAGAGACGUCAAACCCUCCUGCGAGAGAUGGACCGGAAGAAUAAAGUCGGUGGGAUUUUUGAUCGCCGGUUUGGUGAGGAUGAUCCGACGAUGACGCCCGAGGAGAGAGCCGCCGAACGAUUCGCCCGAGAAAGUCAGAAGAAACUGCGGAAGGAGUCCAUGUUCAACCUGGAGGAUGAUGAAGAAGAGUUCACGCUCACACACGGAGGCGAAUCUCUGUCAUUUGGAGAGGGCACCCUCGGAGACGACUUUCGAGAAGGCGAUUUGAGUGCUGACGACGAAUCGGAUUCCGAACUCUCGCGCAAGCGGAAGCGGGCUUUUGGCGAUGAUGAGGAUCUAGAAGACAUUGUGGACGACGGUGAGGAGGGAGAGGUGCAGCCGGAGCGGAAGAAGUCGAAACACGAAGUCAUGAAAGAGGUCAUCGCUAAGUCCAAGUUCUACAAAGCCGAGCGACAGAAAGCCAAGGAGGACGACGACGAUCUCCGGGAGGAGCUCGACAAGGGUCUCCCCGAUCUUUUUGAUAUGCUGAGGGGCGUCAAGCCGCCUCCGAAGCCGGAAACACCAAAGGACGACCUUGCAGCGAUGAACCCCGCCCGCGCGGCAUUGAUGGCUGGAAAGACCCAAGACGAGACUGAGCAGGAAUACGAUCAGCGCUUGAAGCAGUUGACUUUUGAUAAGCGGUCUCAGCCAACAGACCGUACGAAGACGACGGAGGAGAAGGCCGAAGAAGAGGCCCAACGCUUGAAGACCCUUGAAGAAGAGCGACUUCGACGCAUGCGCGGUGAAGAGCCAAGCGAGGACGAGGACGAGGAUGAGGAGGAGAGCGAAGAAGAUGGCAGCGGAGAUGAAGAUGAAGAUGACGAGUCAUUACCAGAUGAUGCGAAGGCCUUCGGACUGCAACAACCCACGGCUGAGACGACCCCUCGUCCUGAGCUCGGAGUCGAAGAUGAGGACGAUUUCAUCAUUGACGAUGAUCUUGUCGAGACAAGGUCCGACGUCAGUCUAUCAUUCAUUGAAAGCGAUUCAGAUAUGGACUCCGCGGAAGAAUCAGAGAAGGGGCAAGAAGACGAGGAGGAGGACGAGCUCAUCAAUGGCUUCACUAUACCUGGGAUCAAGUCCGGCGAUGCUCCGGCCGCCCUCGAAGAGCCCAGUGACGGUCUGGCAUAUACAUACCCUUGCCCUGGCAGCCACGACGAGUUCCUGGAGAUCAUCAAGGACGUCUCGAUGCAGGACCUCCCCACCGUGGUCCAGCGUAUUCGAGCCCUACACCAUCCCCGCCUCCACAGCGACAACAAAAUGAAGCUCGGCCGUUUCGCCGGAAUCCUCGUCCAGCACGUUGCAUACCUGGCCGAUCGACCAGAACACCCUCCGUUUGCCAUCGUGGAAAGCCUCCUCCGUCAUAUCCACUCCCUUGCGAAGAGCCACCCCGACAACGUCUGUCAGGCAUAUCGAGCCCAUCUUCGCCAAAUCGCUACGGAGCGCCCUCUCAGCCUCCGUCCUGACGACCUUGUGAUCCUCACUGGCAUUGCCACCACCUUCCCAACGUCUGACCAUUUCCACGCCAUCGCAACCCCCGCACACCUUUGCAUUGCUCGCUACCUGGGCCAGGGUGCCGUCAACUCCCUUGCCGACCUGUCCACGGGCACGUACGCAGCCAGUCUGUUCCUGCAAUACCAGAUGAUCUCCAAGCGCUACAUGCCUGAACUCAUCAACUACACCCUCAACAUUCUGUGCCAUCUCAGCCCUAAAGAGCCCACCGAGAGUCUCGGAUACUUCCCCUCCCGGAGCCCCCCGACCUCCCUCCGACUGAACCCAACCAAGUCCGUUUCCCCUAGGAAGCUCCGGUUCUGGGACAUGACCGAGCAACCGUCUUCCAACCCCGAAGAGCUCAAGCUCUCCCUGAUCACCACCAUCGUCACCCUCCUGGGCACCGCCUCCGACCUGUGGAUCAACAAGUCCGCCUACACAGAGAUCUUCACCCCCGUCCAGAAGGUCCUCAAACACCUCUUCCGCUCCUGCAAGGGCAACAAGAUCUCCGCCGUAACCCGGGAUAGCCUGCAAUCGACGCUCGACAAGAUCGACGGCCAUCUGGCGCAAGCGCGUCGCACGCGCCGUCCCCUCAUCCUGCACCACCACCGCCCGCUGGCCAUCAAGACGGCCAUCCCCAAGUUCGAGGAAACCUUCAACCCGGACAAACAUUACGAUCCGGACCGCGAACGCUCCGAAAGCAACCGCCUCAAGGCGGAAUACAAGCGCGAGCGCAAGGGCGCCAUGCGCGAACUCCGCAAGGACGCCAACUUCAUUGCCCGCGAGAAGUUGCGCGAGAAGAAGGAGCGCGACGCCGAGUACGAGCGCAAGUACAAGCGGCUCGUGGCAGAGGUGCAGAACGAGGAGGGUCGCGAGGCGAAUGCUUACGAAAGAGAGAAGAGAAUGCGUCAGGGCAAACGGUGAUUCAGUCAGUCAAGCAAGUACAAACGCUUGGUCGGUUGAUCCACUUGUUCAUUCAUGUCGCUUCUUUCCUUUUCUCCUAUGGUUGCAUGUUGGCUUCAACUCGGUGCUCGUUCUUUCUCUUGUGUGCGGGUUGCGGGCUGGUCUACUGGUUAAUUUUUUAUUCUUGUAUGCGCACGACCUUCGGAUGGCGCUUGAACAGAUGUAUAUAUCCAGUUACUUCUUCAAUCAUCGGGAUGAUGAUGGGUAGCAACUUAAAAGAAUGCUUUGUUUUUAAUAUCGGAUU